AUGUCCAGACUUUUGAAGAUAUGUUUCUUAUUGAUAUCAAUGAAUCAUGCUGAGAUUACACACAGUCAGACCUCUGAAGAUUUGCCUCCAUUAUUACACAAAGCUGCGGAAGAAGUAAUAACUGGGAAAUAUCUGAAUGCCCUCCUUGAUAUACUUCAUUUUCAGAGUUCUAAUGUCUGGACAGCAGAUAUGCUUACAAAAGUCAUGGCGUAUUUUCAUGCCCAGGAAGUUACGUUUACUCUUAGCAGCCUACAGAUGUCCAUAAAAAGUUACCUGAAGAACCUUUUAUAUCAGCCUAGGCAACUACUAUCCGAAUUUCAACAGCUUGAUCAGCAGCAGUUCCAAACUGCAAUGAAGCAUCUUUUCAACAGCAGAAAGCACCGUCUUGAAAUGGGAAAUAUUAGUCUUGAUUGGGACAAGACUAGAGAGAGAAUUUUUCAAAGCCCAGGAGUAAACAGGACCUUGUUCCUUGUAACACUGGAUAAGUGCUUUCUGGCUCUGAGUGCUUUGGACUGUGUGGAUAUCCUAAGCCAAGUUUUGCGUGUGUCAGCAGUGAACUAUCUCCAACCUGAUGUCAUUGGGAGCCUCCCAAACGUUCUGCAGGAGGAUGCUUUCAGAAACUUAUCAACAGUAUUCAAGGACCUCUAUGACAAAACCUCAGCGAAAACACAGAGAGCUCUGUAUGGCUGGAUGGAGCAGAUUCUACAAAAAUCCUGUAACAUGAGUGAGUUCAAUGAAUCAACUUCUUGGGUCAGUGCAGAAAACUUAUGGAUUUUGGGAAGAUACAUGGUCCAUCUCCCUUUAGAAGAAAUUCUGAAAAUUAGUCUCAGUGAAAUAAGACUAUUCAUUAGCUAUGACAAUGCAACAAAGCAGUUGGACACAGUGUAUGGUAUCACACCAGAGCUUGCGCAAGCUUUCCUGGAAAGAAUCAACUCAUCAGGAUUUGAUAUGAGAAACACUUCAACAAUCUACAGGCUAGGUUUAUUGGUUUGCUUUUAUGAUGACAUGGAACAGAUGGAUGCUGCUGUGGCCCGGGCUUUGCUUCAUCAAAUGAUUAAAUGCAAUCAAUUGAGAGGUUUCCAGGCUGAGGUUCAGAAGCUGAAAUCUCAACUCCUGAACAUUGCCAUGCAAAACCAGACACUGAAUGAUAUCCUUGGAUCUCUGUCAGAUGCCGUGGUUGGGCUAACUUCAAGUCAGCUGGAAUCUUUGUCACCUGACGCGGUGCAUAAUGCUAUUGCAACAUUAAACCAAGUCUCUGGGUGGGCAAAAAGCCAAGUUAUGAUUUUAUCCAGUAAAUACCUCUCUUAUGAAAAGGUUUUAUCAUUUUAUACUGUUAGUCAAAUGGGCGCGCUGGUAACUGGUAUUAGCACCCAGUCAUUCUACAGCAUGAACCCAAAGGACCUUUCUCAGAUUAUUCAAGGCACAACACCCCAGUACUUAUCUGACUUAUCGCCUGCACAACAGCAAGGGAUCCUCAGGAAGAUAGCUGCAUCUGGAGAUUUUUCUUCAUCAGUCAAAGAUAUACAAGGAGCUUUCUUUAAAGAAAUCGGAGAAAAUUCUUCAAUGAUGAAAGAAAAAGAACUAAGAAGAAGCCAGGCUUUGUGUCUGUAUGAAUUACUGUCUAAGAAAAACUAUCCUGUUGACCUGCUAAGCACAGGACAGCUUGUGAAAGGAGUAACUUGUCAACUCAUUGAAAGUAUGGGAACGGACUUUUUUUUAAACACUUUUAAAUUCUUUGAAAAGAAUCUUCAUCUGCUUUCUCCCUAUCAGGUUAAUUGUUUGGCUUGGAAGUUUUGGAAAGUCUCCAAUGCAUCUAUUCCUCCCUUCCUCUUAUCGGUGCUUCCGAUUGAAUACCUGGAGUAUGUCUCAGGCCCUUUGUGUGUUCCUUUCAUUGAAAGCCUGGGGAAGACUGAGAUGGACCUUUUGAAUCCAAGCCUUCACAAAAAGAACGCUGUCCUGCAAAAAGUACAGGAGUGCUUGAACGGCUCCAUUGCUGAUGAAUAUGAUGUUGAUCUACUUGGAAAUCUAAUCUGCCACUUACCUCCAGCCUUUCUACGUGGCAGAAUGUCCCUGAAGGCAAUGGCAACAGCCCUUCAUCAAUUCAAACUCUGCCAACAGCUCAGCCACGAGCAGAAGACUGAAAUUAAAUACAAACUCCUCGAGUUAUAUGGCUCCCCAAACAACUGGACAGCUGAAACAACAUUAGAUGUUGGACCAUUCAUAGCUCUGAUGUCAAAAGGGGAAUUAAACGUUCUUGCUGAAAAGUUCCCCGAUAUCAUUUUACAAAUAGCAAAGACAAUUGGACCAAUUUCUUCAGCUGAAGAGCUUCUAUCAACUGUAUUUGAAUCUGUCUCCAAUGCCACUGCCAACACUGAAUCAUCUCUCAGCAGACCUGACUGCCUGGGAACCAGAGCUCCUUCUUCAGAUGAAAUUAUUAAAUUAGCAGAAGCAAAUGUCUUUUGGUCAGUUCAGGAACUGAAAUGCAUGGAUGCAGGGACUUUUGACAAAAAUGUGGAACUUCUUGGGACUGUCUCAGGUUUUAACAACUCCCAGCUUAUUGCCUUGAAGGAAAAAGCCAAGCAGGUUUGGGGAUCGCUGCCAGACUGGAAGAGUUAUCAUAUUGUUUCCCUGGGCCGCAUUGCUCUGGCACUCACCGAACAUGAAAUUGAAGAGCUGGAUUUGCAUUCUAUCGACACCAUUUCUGUACUUAGUCAGCAAACAGAAUGGACUCUUACCCAGGCAAGAUCUAUUUUGCAAGGUUUUCUAGAAGACUCUGGCCAGACGAUCAGUACACUGAAAAGCUUUGAUUUAGUUGGAUUAGGAGCUAUUCUCUGUGCUCUGAACUCCACAGAGAUCAUGUCCAUAAGGACUGCUGAAUUCAGUGCUGCUGUUGCAAGGAUUGGGCUGUUGUUCUGUAGCACCCCUGUUCUGAGACAAUUUAAGAAGAUGACAGAAUCUGUAUUUAGUACUGCUACCAGCUGGAACGGCUCUAUUUUACAGGAGAUUGGUACUAUAGCAGGUGGUUUGAAUGAGGAUGAAUUAAAAGCUUUUGAUAAAAACUUGAUGCCAUAUUUCCAGCCAAUAGCAAUAAGACAUAUACCUCCUGAAAUUUUCCAAACAUUGUCCCCAGAACAAAUAGCAAACCUGGGCCCUGAAAAUGCCGCCAUGGUUACCAGAUUGCAGCGUGAGCAUCUGAAUGCUUCGCAGCUCCAGAGCCUUCACCUGGCGCUGGACGGAGCGAGGACAAGCACCCCAGAGACACAAAACAGUGCAAGCACUACCCAGGCGGUGCAAACCCCAGCUCCAAGUGGUGCUCCUUGUUUGAGUGGCUUGGGCAUCUGGUUGUGUGCUGUGUUUACACUGCACCUGCCUUUCUGAAUCCACAAUUGUUAAGCUUGAGUGUCCCAGAGCUUACAAAGGAGAUGCUAGAGAUAAAGAGUUGCAGCUCAGCAUGAGUAG